AUGAAGACACUCAUCAUCGCUGCUGCUCUUGUUGGCGCAAGUUUCGCGCAAACACUGGCUGACUUGCCACAAUGCGGUCAAGCGUGUUUCAAUAACAUGAUCGCGCAAGCUGCUACCCUCGGUUGCCCUGACGUUAAUGGAUCGCCUGAUGUCGUCUGCCUGUGCAAGAACUCUGACUUCAGUUAUGGCCUCCACGACUGCUCCGCUGAAUCAUGCCCCGUCGGCACCGAUAUCUCGUCAGUUCUUACCUAUGGUCAAAACUACUGCAGCAAUGCUGCUGCUUCCGCAUCCAGUGCUGGCAGCUCGGUUGGUGCUCUCUCUGGUACCUCUGCCUUGACCGUGGGUGGUGCGACGGCCACUGGCGCUAGUGAUGCCACUGCUACUGGCACUGGUGGAGGAAGUGCUUCUGGCUCUGGUGCUUCGGGUUCUGGCUCUGGCGAAUCCACCCCAAUUUCUACCGAGACGCUCUUUUCGACCAUCACUUCCGAUGGCAGCACCAUCACCACCGCUGUUGGCACAUCCACCAUCUUUGGUGCUGCUGGCGGAUCAGGUGGCAGUGGCGCCUCUUCAACUCCUGUUUCGACCGAGACUCUGUUUUCAACUGGCACCGACAGUGCAGGCAGCACCUUCACCACCGCCGUAGGCACAUCCACCAUCUUUAGCGCCGUUGGAGCCGGGUCUGCAUCAUCGGGCGCUUCUGGCGCGAGCGCAUCGGCCUCGUCCCUCUCGGCGUCUCUGUCCUCCCAAGCUUCAUCGGCAUCCUCUGCUGCCUCGAGCGCAGCAUCCUCCGCUGAAGCUUCUGCAUCGUCUGUUGCCAGCUCUGCGUCUUCACGUCUGUCCAGCGCUACGGGUUCUGCCGCGUCCGGUGCAUCAUCGGCUGCUUCCUCGGCGGCAUCUGACGCGACUGGUGCGGCCAUGCCCGUGGCAACAGUGGCUGUCAACGGUCUGGCUGGCAUUGCAGGUCUGGCUGCCAUCAUGAUGCUGUGA